AUGUACCUGAAGUCAAACAAAGUGGUGAUAACUUUCAGAAACAUCGCUGACGAAUGUACGGUCUCAGAUAUGCCAACUGUUGAAGUUCGAGACGGCCCAGUCAUGCUGGCUCUACCACUGGCUUAUAAUUCCAGGCAAGUACAUUUCAACGAUCCAAGCAGGGACACGCCGUGUCCUGUAAGGUUAUGGAACCCAGACACAACAAUGCAUCUGCGACUGGAUGUCAUGGGAACAGAUAAACAGGAAGCUGACUGCGAUACUGAUGUCAUUCAAGUUAGCGAAAUGUCAAGCGGCUAUUAUCUGGAAAGAUCUUGCAACAGAGGAAAGAAUCCGGUGUACCGCCAAAGUGCCAGUGACAGCUUGAUUGUGACGUCGACAACUGAUGUGUACAUGCGUGCAGCCACUGUUGAUUCAGACUGUGAUGGCAAUAUCGUGCGGAUAACUGCAGACAACUCUCAAAUCAAAGAACAGAUGAUUCCACGCGCGGGCAAGUACUCAAACCUUGACACUUGCAAGUAUCUGAUCUCGGGAGAGAACCGAGAGGACACGGUGCACCUGACCUUGACCUGGGAAACAACCGCACACAGAAAUCAAUCCAGCCAUGACACAGUCUGUCAGGGUGAUUACAUCAACAUUUAUGACGGUGACAGAGAAACAUCGGCCGUGUUGUUUUCAUCCUGCUGGUCACGUGAUGAGACAGAUGGCGCCAUUAGUACAACAGUGGUCAGCAGUCAGAGGCACCUACUGGUUGUCCUGGACGCAGAUGCAAAAAUUGAAGGAAAAUCUGCCAACAUGGAGUUUCAUUCAAUUCCAGGAGGCCAUCACUGCACUAAUAUAACAGAGGUGCAUGUCGACGUGAAUGGUACUUCGCUGACAGCUCCUAAUUACCCGGGUUUGUUCCCCAUGAAUCAGGUGUGCGUGUACAGGAUAAUCGCAGAGAACCGAGAGGAUAGCCUAGUGAUCGACGUACAGGCAGCCAACCUCGAUAAACACUGCAACAGUUACCUGGCUGUGUUUCACGGAAGGUAUGAGAUUAUGUCGACAGGAUUUCCAGCAGGUCGGAUUUGUGAAGAAGACAAGCAGACAUUCCGAAUCCAUGGUUCCGUGGCAACAAUGGUGGCUGUCUCCGGGAAUGUUGCACGCCCGUAUGCCUGGAGGGUGUCCAUCUACGUAGAAAAGUCUGGCCAUUCUACCGGAAACACUGUCACGUUCAGCCUAACAGUUCUUAUUUUGAUUCAUGCCACGCAACUGUUUGUUUGUAAUGCUUAA